AUGAGUAACGAAGUCAAAAGCGACCAAGCCACCAAGAAAACCGCGCAAACAUGGUCCGCUGAGCAAGCCAAACCGAACCCGAAAGAGAUACUCAGGCGACUGCCACACUCAGGCGAGAAAGCCCGCCUCCUCAAGGCCUUAGUUGAGGGCGACAGGAUCACGAACCCAGGGCCUGCGUCUUCGGUCGAGAGCCUCUGCGCCGAUUCUCAUGACGAGGAGCAGCGGUCAUCCAAACGCGCGGACUAUCUGAAACUGAUGGGGAAGGAUCGGGAUGCGCUUCUAUUUAGGCGACAGGUCAAGCGCCAGGCACAUUUGCGGUAG